AAAGUAGCAGCGUCACCAUUAGGUAUCUCAGUUCGCACCUGCCUAAGUCUCACAGUUCGGGUAAAUAAAAGACAGGUACGGCAUAGCCCCAGUGUCUUGUUGAGAUCUACUGGUAAUUGGAAGCAGCUCUAGUUCGCAAGAAUGAAGAGCUUCCUGUUGGUCGUGUUCUUGGGGCUGGCCUCUGCCAAGCUUCAUCCCCUCUCGGACGAGUUCAUCAACAACAUAAACAGCAAACAAUCCUCAUGGAAGGCAGGACGUAACUUCGCAGAGGACACACCCCUGGAACAGCUGAAGGGUCUGUGUGGUGUCCUUGAAGGAAAUGGUGGCGUGGAGGUUCCCAGAAGGAUUGGGACCGUCCCCAAGGGCUUCAAGGUUCCUGAGAGCUUCGACUCCAGGGAGGAAUGGCCCCAUUGUCCAACCAUUGCUGAAGUUCGAGACCAAGGGUCAUGUGGAUCUUGUUGGGCUGUUGGAGCGGUUGGUGUCAUGAGUGACAGAGCUUGUAUCCACAGCAACGGAACAGCCGAUUUCCGUUAUUCGACUGAAGAUAUGAUCUCUUGCUGUACGACCUGUGGUAUGGGAUGCAACGGUGGGUGGCUGGAGCCCGCAUUCUCUUACUGGGAAAGGUCCGGAGUGGUAUCAGGGGGCCGCUAUGACUCCAAAGAAGGAUGUAGGCCGUACACGAUUCCCGAAUGCGAGCAUCACAUUGAGGGCGAGAGACCACCAUGUGGCGACACUCUGCCAACACCCGGUUGCACGGAAGUCUGCAUAGACGAAUACCAGCUCGGUUACACCGAGGACAAACGGCAUGGCGCCGAAGUCUAUAGUUUCUACCUGCAGGAGGAGGAAAUGCAGUAUGAUAUCAUGACUAAUGGCCCCGUUGAGGCUGCUUUCUCUGUUUAUGAAGACUUCCUCAGUUACAAGUCAGGGGUAUACCGAAAUACUGCCGGUGCUUACCUGGGAGGUCAUGCCAUCCGUGUCAUUGGCUGGGGCGUUGAGAACAACGACCCCUACUGGUUGGUAGCUAACUCCUGGAACUACGACUGGGGUGAUAAGGGACUCUUCAAGAUUCUCAGAGGAAGCAAUGAAUGUGGCAUUGAAGACAAUGUUGUCACAGGAAUUCCAGCUUAACUGGUGGUGAAUUACUCAUUUUGAUUUCAUGAUUUUCGGAGUCUUUAACAGACCACUUACAGAGGUGAGGAUACAGUAAAGAUAACAUCAAU